AUGAUGCAAAGGAACACAAACAACAACACGAACAACAACAACAACAUCUCCAAUAACUCAUCGUCACAUCAAGCUUGUGCUUCAUGCAAACACCAAAGAAAGAAAUGCAACAACGAAUGCAUCUUAUCGCCUUAUUUUCCGGCUCGGAAGACCAAGGAAUUUCAGGCCAUUCACAAAGUGUUUGGUGUUAGUAACGUACAGAAAAUGGUACGCACCGUGCGUGAAGAGGACCGUACCAAGCUGUCUGAGUCUUUGACAUGGGAAGCUCUAUGGAGACAGAAAGAUCCGGUCCUUGGCUCAUACGGAGAGUAUAGGAGGAUCAGUGAAGAGCUCAAGCUGUACAAAAGCUUGGUUCAUAAUCAACCUCUCAUUGGUUGGGACAAUAAUCAACGCGUAUACAACAAAAACGGGUUAGCAAUAAAUUCGAGUGGACCGGGUCCGGGAGGGAUUGGUGUUAACAGCAGCGGUAUUGGUGUAAAUCGGGAGAUUAUUAACGGUGGAUAUACAUCGAGGAAUUUGCAAGGUGGCUGGGAAAAUUUCAAGCAAGAUCAAAGGCAACAAUGUUAUGCUGUGAUUAAUGGGUUUAAGCAACAUUAUCUCCCACUCUAA